CCCCAGGAACAUCGGGUUCAUAAGAAGAAAAUGAGGAGGUAAUGAAGGAAGAGGAAGAUGAAUGACACAUCAUUCCCGCGUCCGCAAAUCACACACAGAGCCUCAUAAACAAAGCAGGAAUGUCUUGGUUAUUGGGUCCACAAUAUCGACAGGACUUGUCUUUGUCUUCAUCAUUGCGCCUUUUUAUCAUCUUUUACUUUUAUCAUGGUUCAAACAUAUAUCCUGUAGAUGUGUCUAUUCUAUUCUUGCAUUUGGGUUUAUGGGGAAGCGGAGUCCAAAAAAGGAAACAAUUGAACUUGCUAUUUAUCCAUGCAUUUAUCUGUUCAGUGUCGUUCAAGGUAUGCUUUUCCCCUUCUGUUCUUUUCUUCUUCUUCGUUCUUCAUCCUCGCAAGCGUCCUGAGCGUUCCAAGGUUGGCGUGCGUUGGACUUUCGUCCUCUAUGUGUUUUUUUCUUGGUGAUAUACUUACAGCUUUGGCUGAUGCUGGAGGAAAGCUAUGAUAAUGAAGUAGGUACCUACCGAAGUAAUUUAAACAUAUUGUUGAUUUGCUAGUCAUGAUGAAGAUUGGCUUCAUUUUCUCUAAGGCUCAUGAUAGUAACGAUGACAAAUAAUAAUGAUGAUCAAUGAUGC